CACGAAUGGUGCAUGCAUGCAUUCGUCUUCUUCAGCGUCCUUCUUUUCCACUCGCACCACGCUCCUCAGUCAUCUAUCUACCUUGCCGCACACUGCCACUAUCCGUCGCAGUAGCCUUGCCGCCUCGACCGCGGCUUUGAAUACACUCUCACUCCACUCGCAGCGCAUUUGGAAUGAUGGACGCAGAUCCACCCCUGUCUUCAAGAAGCAGUGGUGCGGCUCAAGCUUCCAGCAGCAGCAGCAGCAGCAGCAUCAACGCUACUGUCAGUAGCGCCUCUCACACACUCUCUCCUCUCACAUCCUACAAAUUCUACCUUUGCACACCCAAUCAAGUCCUCUCUGUCCGUCUUGCCGCUCUAAGACCGACGUACACAUCCACAGCCCUCAAAUCGGAUGCCAAGUCCAAAGCUGCCCAAUCGGCAGCUCAGUCGCAAGAUCAGGCUCAGGCUACGGCCAGCCUUCCCAAGACGAUCAAAAUCCGAGACUGUCAGGGACACGCAUCGCCCCAGAGGGCCAUUCAACGCAUGACGUUGGGACAUGUGCGAGGUCACAAAUUGUUGGCGCUCGCACGACGUGACGGGACGAUAGACAUUGUACACCUCUCGAGCGCUCUGCGCGAAUCAGACAGUCAAGAAGAGCCUAAGGAUGCGGAACAAGGCAGCAGUGCGAAUGCGGGGCAAGGACAAGAGGACCGUGCACAUGCAGACGCAGAGGAAGCUCAUGUAGUGGCGACGAUCAAAGAAGAUCGCAUGAGAGCAGGUAUGGAGCGCUGGCUUGCGCUCUCCUACUCUCAACGUCACAUCUAUAGCAUCACCUCUGCUGGAUCAUUACGACGCACCGAGCUGCUCCUAGCUCCCAGCACCGUAGUCGUUCAAGAUAGUCUCAGCGAAAGGGCAAUCCAAAGCAGCUCUGACAAUGCGAUUGCUCAAGGGACAUGGUCGCUGGGAGAGUCCACAAUUCUAGACCUCCCCGCACCUCUCCAAAGCGCCACCUUCUAUCCGGCGCAUGAGCCUACCCACUUGCUCAUGGGCGGCGAACAACAAGCAUUGUCCCUGUGGGACCUCAAGGCGGCGUUCGAGCCCACUGCCGAAUCGGACACCUCCCUCGUCGAGACGGAACGAAACGGAAAUGCGCAGGAAAGUGGCUUGAGCGCAAAGGAACGCAAGAGGAAGAGGCAAGCAGAAAAUAGAGCGAAAGCAAGAGAAUUGUUGCCCGGAGAACUUUGGCGAGCCAAGCCGCUCCCUAACGACGCCCUCUCGCUACCUCAACAUCCGCGCAUCACUAGCGUGUGUGUCUUGUCCAAGUCGACCGAUGGCGCUGCCACUUUGGACUCGGACGAUCGGCCCUCUUCAGCACCCACGCAAUUCGUCGCUGGUACGAGGGACGGUCUGCUGCGCUUCUACAACACUCGAGGUGGAGCUCGAAAGGCGCACAGAGAAGUGCGGGUCAUUCCUUCAGGACAGGGCGCCGUCCGGCUGAUCGUCCCUGGCUCGGCAGAUCUGGGCUUGCCCAAUCAAUGCGCUGGUGCCGAGCUGAAAGAAAAGAAAGGGCAAGAUGCGGUGCAGCCGGACGGACGUGCACAGAUCGAUCGGCAUGCGGACUUGACGAGGGAGAUCUUUGUCGCUGAUCAGGGCGGCAAAUUGUACGCGGUGGGCGUGGAUCAGGGCAACAUUCGAUAUUCUUAUCCUGAUAUCAACGGCGCAAUCACUUCGGCCAUGGCUGUGCCAGCGCCACGUCGAGGUGCAUCUGACGCGGCAAGCAAUGGUUCGCGAAACUAUCCAGCGCGACGGGCUAGGCACGGAGCAGCCGCAAGCGCCGCGGAUCCGGAAGAACAGGCUCCGCUUUUGCUCACAUGCUCUCAAGAUAGAUUGCUGAGGCUGCACAGCACCGCUCCUCCCAUCGCGGAAGGUGCAGACGCAUCGCAGACCGACAACAUCAAAGUUGCGGGCGGCAGGAACACGAGUCACAAGAGGGGCAAGACGAUCUGUUCGGUGUUUGCUGCUCCAGGACAAGAUGGCCUGAUAGGUGCGGCAUGGGACGGCGUGGUGCCUGCGCAAGUACCGCAGGAAAGCGACGCGCAAAUGGAUGCGCGAGGUGCACGAGGUGCACGCAAGGCUGGAGAGGAUGAGAUGGGCCAAGAGACGGAUGAGGAAGGUGAAGAAGAAGAAGAAGAAGAGGUGUGGAACAAGCUUGGGACUGUUGGGAAGGACGGAUUGGAGGAUGCGCGCGAGCGAGGGGUCGAUGCUGAAUGGGCGCAGCAGGAUCAGACCGAAGAAACGUUGACUGAUCAGCCGGCUAGAUACAAAAGACUCAAGGUGUAGGCUUACUUCAUACUCGCAAAGUUGCCGAGACCAGAAAAACGCUACGCGCCAU